CCGGAGGAGGUGGCCGGAGGCGGUGGCGAUGGGCAGCGAGGGGCAGCGGGGCCCGGCGGCGACCCGGGGCCCGGGGCAGGGCGACCCGAGGGCCCUGCGGAGGGACUGCCAGCACCGGAUCUUCGUCAACCGGAGCCUGGCGCUGGAGAAGAUUAAGUGCUUUGGCUUUGACAUGGACUACACCUUGGCCAUGUACAAGUCCCCUGAUUACGAGGAGCUGGCCUUCACCCUGUUGCUGGAGCACCUCGUUGCCAUUGGGUACCCUCCUGAGAUCCUCGCCUACAAGUACGAYCCCACCUUCCCCACGAGGGGGCUGGUGUUCGAUGCUCUCUACGGGAACCUGCUGAAGGUGGAUUCCCACGGGAACCUGCUGAUCUGUGCCCAUGGCUUCCGCUUCCUCAAGGGUGCCGAAAUCCUCCACUAUUACCCCAACAAGUUCAUCCARCGGGAUGACAUGAAGCGCUUCCACAUCCUCAACACCCUCUUCAACCUCACAGAGGCCCACCUGUAUGCCUGCCUYGUGGACUUCUUCACCAACUGCUCCAGAUACGUCAACUGCGACACCGGCUACAAGCACGGGAACCUCUUCAUGUCCUUCCUCAGCAUGUUCCAGGAUGUGCGCGAGGCCAUGGACCACGUCCACCUCUCUGGCUGCCUCAAGGAGAAGACACUGGAGAACCUGGAGAAAUACGUGGUGAAGGAUCCCCGUGUGCCGCUGCUGCUGAGCCGCAUGAAGGAGGUGGGGAAGGUCUUCCUGGCCACCAACAGUGACUACACCUACACUGAUGCCAUCAUGUCCUACCUGUUUGACUUCAGCAAUGAGGACAAGGCCGAUGUCCCGCAGCGCCCCUGGAGGUCCUAUUUCGACCUGAUUGUGGUGGACACCCGCAAGCCCCUCUUCUUUGCYGAGGGCACCGUCCUGCGCCAAGUGGACACGGACACAGGGAAGCUGCGCAUGGGGACGUACACCGGCCCCCUCCAGCACUGUGCCGUCUACUCCGGUGGCUCCUCUGAUGUGGUGUGUGACCUCCUGGGCGUGAAGGGCAAAGACAUUCUGUACAUGGGGGACCACAUCUUCGGGGACAUCCUCAAAUCCAAGAAGCGGCAGGGCUGGCGCACCUUUCUGGUGGUGCCUGAGCUGGCCCGUGAGCUGCAGGUCUGGACGGAGAAGAGCGAGCUGUUUGAGGAGCUGCGGAGCCUGGAUCUCUUCUUGGCCGAGCUGUACCAGCACUUGGACAGUGGCAGCAGUGAGCGCCCAGACAUCAGCUCCAUCAAGCGUCGCAUCCAGAAAGUCACACACGAGAUGGACAUGUGCUACGGGAAGAUGGGCAGCCUGUUCCGCUGCGGCUCUCGUCAGACGCUCUUUGCCAACCAGCUGAUGCGCUAUGCAGAUCUCUAUGCUGCCUCCUUCAUCAACUUCCUCUAUUACCCCUUCAGCUACCUCUUCCGGGCACCGCCUGUCCUGAUGGCCCACGAGUCAACGGUGGAGCACUCUCGCCUGGACUCGGGGGAUGCGGUCACCGCCCUUCCUCCCUGGCUGGCCCAGCAUGGCAACCCUGGCCAGCAGGUCCCCCAGGACUCGAGUGGGGAGGAGGAGGAUGAUGGAGAAGCCUGACCACACCCCAGCUGCUGCCAUGGCAGGUGCCUGCCCCACGGGAGGGCAUUCGGUGGCCCUGGACCACUUGCACUGCCAGAUGGAAGCCACUCGUGGUCAGCUGCCACCUCUGGUGGCCACAGGAUGGCUGGUGGCCCUGACCCACGACCUCUAUCACACCUGUCCUUGGGCAGCUGGGACCUUCUCCUGCCUCUGCCUAGAGCCAGGAGAGGGCCCCUCUCUCCAGGCGUGCCAGCUGGUGCCCCUUUAACUCAUAUCUCUGCCACCAGCUCAAUUGCCAGCCUGAGGCACCCACAGCCAGGGCAAACGGGCUGCCCAGCAUCACUGGGAGCCCCACUGCAGCAGUCAGGGUCCUGGCUGCUCCUGCCCCUUCAGCCUCUGGGCCUGGCCAUGAGCACUGGCAGGCAGGGCUGGAUGGGGAGGGUGGGGCUCUGGAGAGGGUGGGGCUGAUCAGAGGGUGGGGCUGUGGAGAAGGUGGGGCUGUGGAGGUGACAGCUGCUCCCCGGGAACCCCCUUCAUCUGCUGUUCCCCUCUUCUUUUUUCUACCCCUUUGUAUUUAUAAAAGAUACUCAAAACUCUUGGCA